GUAAGGCAAAGACGAUCGUAAAUGAAUGAAGUCAAUGGAAGGCCUAAUGUCUCUCUAUCCAACCCCGCAAGGGCGUUUUUAAAGAGAUCCAAAUUCCAAUAACAAUGAACGCUGCUAUUUCCACUGUUCCACAAUCCACACAGAGCUCAUCAACCUCUUUACUAAAUUUGAUGAUUAAUAGAUAAGAAAACGCUCACAGCUCACAAAGAUAACCAAACACAUAACGAAGAGGUAGAGCCACUCACCACUCCAUUCAUCAAGAAGCGUUUUUCUCCGUGAAAGCGACCCUUUUUUGGAUACCCUUUUGAUCAAAUUGCAGAGAAUAGAAUGUUGGUGCUAUGAUUCUGUUGAAUUGAGUCCACUCAAUCAAUCGCUCCUUGUUCAAGUUAUUAUUUUUUUUCAAGGUUGGUGGGUGUGGGUAAUUACUAUGGACAAGUACGAGGUUGUCAAGGAUCUGGGUACUGGCAAUUUUGGGGUGGCAAGGCUUAUGAGGAACAAGGUCACCAAGGAGCUCGUAGCCAUGAAAUACAUCGAGCGUGGCCCCAAGAUUGAUGAGAACGUGGCAAGGGAGAUUAUGAACCACAGGUCUCUUCGGCAUCCCAAUAUAAUUCGUUACAAGGAGGUGGUUUUGACUCCCACACAUUUAGCAAUAGUAAUGGAGUAUGCAGCUGGAGGAGAGCUUUUCGAGAGGAUAUGCAGUGCUGGCAGGUUCAGUGAAGAUGAGGUUAAUAGCGCCAGAUAUUUCUUUCAGCAGCUGAUCUCCGGUGUCCAUUUCUGUCAUACCAAGCAAAUAUGCCACAGAGAUUUGAAGCUAGAAAACACCCUUUUAGAUGGAAGUCCUGCACCACGCUUAAAAAUUUGUGACUUUGGUUAUUCCAAGUCUUCUUUGCUGCAUUCACAACCCAAAUCAACGGUUGGAACACCGGCUUACAUAGCACCAGAGGUUCUUUCUAGGCGAGAAUAUGAUGGAAAGUUGGCUGAUGUAUGGUCAUGUGGGGUGACUCUUUAUGUCAUGCUGGUUGGAGCAUAUCCCUUUGAGGACCAGGAUGACACUAGGAAUUUUAGGAAAACAAUUCAGCGUAUCAUGUCUGUUCAAUACAAAAUCCCUGAUUAUGUUCACAUAUCUCAAGAUUGCAGAAACCUCCUCUCUCGUAUAUUUGUUGCAAAUCCAUUGAGGAGAAUUACUAUUAAGGAAAUUAAAAACCACCCAUGGUUUUUAAAGAAUCUUCCAAGGGAGUUAACUGAAUCAGCUCAAGCUAUCUAUUAUCAGAGAGACAAUCCAAGCUUUCAUGUUCAGAGUGUGGAGGACGUAAUGAAAAUUGUGGGAGAGGCAAGAAACCCACCUCCAGUAUCUAGGCCUGUCAAAGGUUUUGGUUGGGAAGGUGAAGAAGAUGAAGAGGCAGAAGAUUUGGAUGCAGAAGUGGAGGAUGAAGAAGAUGAGUAUGAUCAGAGGGUCAAAGAGGUUCAUGCAAGUGGAGAAUUCCAAAUUAGUUAAGCACUCCAAUUCUUGUGUACUUGUUAAAAUACUUUUAUCUAGAAGUCACCUUUUUUUGUGUAUUAUAUUUGAUUUAUAUGUAUUAUAAUCAUGGCUCCGUUCUUGUAAUUUAGUACUUGUAUUACAAUAGGCGCCAUGUAUGAGAACAAUAGUUGUCUGAUCACAUUCUAAAUCGCCAUGUAUGAGCACACUGCUGAAAUCUAAAUUACCUUU